AUGUAUCCGGAUGAAUUUGAGUUCGAGACGACGUUGGGCUCCGGGGCCUUCAGCAAAGUUUUGGUCGCGCGCUACGUCCCGACUGGGGUGCGUUACGCUGUCAAGCUUAUUUCCAAGCGAAAAAUCCUCACCGCCCCCUCGGAUGAGGAGAGGAAUCGCAUGGCUGAGGUGGCGCGAAGGGAAACGCACAUGCUUCUUAUGUGCAACCACCCGAACAUAGUGCGUUUUCACGCCUCGAUGCAAACGCCGGAUGAUCUCAUGUAUGUGACUGAGCUCUGCGAGGGAGGGGAGCUCCUUCACGCCAUUACGUCGCGUCAGAAGAUACCCCUUGAGGCCGCACGCUACGCCUUGGCAGAGCUUUUUUCUGCCGUUUGGUACUUGCAUUAUGCACCUAAACGGAGUCUGCCAAUUGUUCCCAAUGCACCUUUGAAGCCAAUUACAAUUUUACAUCGGGAUAUCAAACCGGAAAAUAUUAUGCUCACAAGCAGCAAACAUAUUAAACUUAUUGAUUUUGGUACAGCCGUAGUAUGCCAAUCUGUGGAUGAGCGUCCAGAGGGAGAGCACGGCAGUAAAGGUCGUGCCCAGACGUUUUGUGGUACGACGCAUUAUAUGUCACCUGAGCUGUUGCAGGAUAAUUAUACCUGUACUGCCUCUGACUACUGGGCGUGUGGCUGUGUAUUAUAUCAUAUGUUGGUGGGAAAGCGUCCCUUUGAGGAGCCAACAGAGUAUCUUCUUAUAAAAGGCAUACUAGAAAAAGAGCCUCACUACCCUGAAGACUUGGAUAGUGAUGCGAAGGAUUUGAUAUCAAAGCUUCUCGUAAAAAACCCCGUUCAGCGUCCUGGGAUGGAGGAAGUUAAAAGGCACCCUUUCUUUGAGAAAGUCGUUUUUGAGACUCUCACAACGACGGACGUAGCGCGUUUUUGGGUUCACAAGGUGGAGUGGGUGGAUGACUCGACAGUUAGCGCGUGCAAGGGAUGUGGCGCAUACUUUGGAUUUUGGAGGCGGCGACAUCACUGUCGGAAGUGCGGGAAUGUUUUCUGCAACUCCUGUUCGUCUAAAACCUGUGCCAUUCCAGAGUCGCUCUACACAGAACCAGAACGAGUCUGUGAUGGCUGCUUUACUGAGAUCCACAAUGCUUGA